GUUGUACGAGCCGGCAUGUUCGACAACCUCAGCCAGAGACUGGAGGGAGUGUGGGACACUGUCAGGAAGGAUGGCAAGCUCACAGCGGACAACAUCAAAACACCCAUGCGGGAGAUCCGGCGAGCCCUUCUAGAAGCAGACGUGAGUUUGCCAGUGGUGAGGCAGUUUGUGAAGAGUGUGGAGGAGACAGCGCUGGGGACCAAGGUUCUAAAGGGGGUGCGGCCGGACCAGCAGCUGGUGAAGGUAGUCAAUGAUCAGCUCGUAGAGCUCAUGGGCGGCCAGCAGCAGGACCUCAAUGACCCCAAGGACGGCCCCCAGGUCAUCCUGAUGGCGGGCCUGCAGGGAGUGGGAAAGACGACGGCGUGUGGGAAGCUGGCGUUGGCGCUGCAGAAGCGCAACAAGCGAGUCCUCAUGGUGGCCACCGAUGUGUACCGGCCGGCCGCCAUCGACCAGCUCGUCAGCCUGGGAGAGCGCAUCAAUGUGCCUGUGUUUGAGAUGGGCACGGAUGCAAAGCCGGCGGAGAUUGCGAGGAGGGGACUCGCCAAGGCUCGCGCUGAGGACUUUGACGCCAUCAUCGUGGACACAGCUGGACGCCUGCAGAUUGACGCCAACAUGAUGAGCGAGCUGCGGGAGGUGCAGGCGACGGUGCAGCCAUCAGAUACACUCCUGGUUGUGGACGCCAUGACCGGCCAGGAGGCUGCUGGCCUCGUCAAAGCCUUCAACGAGGCCGCAGAGAUCACCGGCGCCAUUCUCACAAAGAUGGACGGUGACAGCCGCGGAGGAGCGGCGCUGAGCGUGAAGGCGGUGUCCGGCAAGCCCAUCAAGUUUGUGGGCACAGGAGAAAAACUGGAGGCUCUGGAGCCCUUCUACCCUGACCGCAUUGCCUCGCGCAUCCUCGGCAUGGGGGAUGUGCUAACGCUGGUGGAGAAGGCAGAGGCGUCCAUCAAAGAGGAGGACGCUGCAGAGAUCACCAAGCGCAUGCUCAGCGCCAAAUUCGACUUCAAUGAUUUCCUGAAGCAGUACAAGAUGGUCUCGGGCAUGGGCAGCAUGGGGCAGAUCAUGAAGAUGCUCCCGGGCAUGAACCAGAUCACGGAGAAGCAGCUGAAUGAGGCGGAGAAGCAGUUCAAGAUGUUUGAAGCGCUCAUAAACAGCAUGACUCCCGAGGAGCGGACCAACCCAGACCUCCUCGCCAAGACGGCGUCGCGGCGGCGGCGGAUCGCGCGCGGGGCCGGCCGGAUCGAGGUUGACGUGACUAAUAUGAUCGGCACCUUUGGCGGCAUGCGCGCCAAAAUGCAAUCCCUCUCCAAGAUGAUGAAAAUGGGCGGCGGCGCGCCGGGGAUGCCGCAGCUGUCAGACCAGGAGCUGUUGGAGCAGACAAUCCAGUCAGCGGGCAGCUCAGUUUCCAGGGGGAAGGUACGCCGGAAGAAGGAGGGCGUGCGGCGGGGGGGCCGGGGGGGUCUGGCAGAGCUGACGCGACUGAGAUGAUCGGACAUUUGCAGGAACAUGCAGCAGCACAGCGCAAGCGGGGUUAUUUUCAGAACGCGGCAGUAAGGCAAUGCUUUUUAUAGAAACGUGGGACGGGUAGUGGCCAGCUGGGCUUCUUGGCUGUGUUGCCUCCCUGUGUGUUAGCAGUGUCAGAAGAGCUGGGCAGCUGACAAUAUGUUGACCGGGUUUUUGACUGUUCAUCUGAGACAUCAAAGUGCAGCUUCCUUGACUUUGUUGAACCUCCUUCACGA